GCACCGGAGCUAAACUUCUCCGUGAAAAACUUUAUUGGAAUUCGGAAUUUAAGGCCGCAUUGGACUUUGUCACUUUUUUGUUUUUAUCUCCAGGAUUUUUUUGUUUUUGUUUUUAAUUUAUUUCUUCUUCCCCCUGGAAAGCUUUGAGGAUGCAGAUACCUCCAGCGCACCGCGUCGUGGCUCUGUAUCUCACGCUCUUUGGAUACUUUGUGGACGUUUACGCAGGGACUCUUCUGACCAACUCCAACGCCAUCAAAAACUUACCCGGCGCUUUAGGAAGCAAAAGCUCCGGCACAGUCAGUCCGAGUCCGCGCACCUCUCCAUCAGACAGCGUGGGGCAUAAAUCACUCGCUGACACCUUGCAGUUGCCGGCUGUUUGCACGGAUGAUGAAGACUGCGGAGGUGAUGAAUUCUGCAAUGACGCCCGAGGUGCGUGCCUGCCCUGCCGUAAGAAUCGAAAGCGAUGCGCGCGGGACUCCAUGUGUUGCGCAGGAAGCCGCUGCAGCAACGGUGUUUGUCAGGCAAAUGAUGUUGAUGCUGCAGAUGCAGCAGGCAUGCAAAAACACAACACCACCCUUGAGUAUCAUGCCAAGAGGUCACCCACUGGCCAAGGUCAUCUGCUGCACACUGUGAAAGGCCAGGAAGGGGAUACUUGCCUUAGGUCUGCAGACUGCUCAGAGGGUCUGUGCUGCGCUAGGCACUUCUGGUCUCGUAUCUGUAAACCAGUGCUGACAGAAGGCCAGGUGUGCACACGCCAUCGCAGGAAAGGCGCCCACGGCUUGGAGCUGUUCCAGCGCUGCGACUGUGCCGAUGGCCUGACCUGCAGACCGGAGAAAGGAGAGCGAGACCACACCGUCAGCAGGACUGCAGGCCGGAACCUACACACUUGUCAGAGACGCUGACACAAACGCAUAAACACCCCCCCAACCACCACUGCCGCCACUCACAUUCUGCAACCCUACACAUCAGUCACACACACUGACAAAAAACUAAAAAGUUUUCUGUCUUGCUUUCACCAGAGAUGCUGACACACACACACACAUAUAGAGACACACUUCAACACCUAAGACAUUCUUUCCUGCCAAACUUGCUGAUGCAAACACAAGCACCCGGAAGGACAGACAUGAUUUCUGGGAAAAGUGAUACACCCAGAGGGGGUGCAGCAGUUCUCCAUCGACAAAGAAGCGGUCAGAAGUUAGGAAGCAACAUUUCAGAGGACAUGUAAAGAUUGAUUCAUGUCAUUGAAGAGUGACGGAGCUGUUAUGUUUCUCUUUUUACGGAACUUCAAGCCUCAGUUAUUGCAGUAAAUUACUGUAUUGUACAGAUUAUACUGGAGGUGGCACUUAGUUGCAAUAUUGAAUUCUGUCAACACCAGUAUUAUAUUAUAAAGGCAUGGUGCUGCAUGGUUUGUUUCCAGCAUUGUAAAUAUGUACACAGCGUAUUGUUAUAUACUAUGUAAAUGACUAUAUUUUUGAAGUUAC